GCUCUCCGUUUAGUGACACGGAUUUUGCCGCUAAAAGCAAACUCCCUCCAGCUCCGUGUCGUGUUUUUGUCAUUUUCUGCUCUUUUUUUCGGAUAAAAAGCGGGUUAAAACACACAGAGGCUCCGCGCUCGGUCCCGGAGGAUCAUGGGAAUCUCUGGUCUGCUUCAGUUCAUUAAAGAUGCCGCGGAGCCGGUGAACGUGAAGAAGUACAGGGGGCAGACUGUGGCCGUGGACACGUACUGCUGGCUCCACAAGGGGGCGUUCUCCUGCGCCGAGAAACUGGCCAAAGGAGAACCCACCGAUCAAUACGUGUGGUUCUGUAUGAAGCUCGUGGACAUGCUGCUGAACUUUGGAGUCAAACCCAUCCUGGUGUUUGACGGACGAAACCUGCCGUCCAAAAGAGAAGUGGAGAAAUCACGCAGAGAACGUCGUGAGUUGAACCUGCAGAAGGGAAAGCAGCUGCUCAGAGAAGGAAAAAUAUCUGAGGCCAGAGACUGUUUCAACCGCUGCGUCAACAUCACCCCGACUAUGGCCCAUAACGUCAUUAAGGCGGCUCGUUGUCGUGGUGUGGACUGUGUGGUGGCUCCUUAUGAAGCCGACGCUCAGUUGGCGUUUCUCAGUAAAAAUGGUUUGGCUCAAGCCGUGAUCACAGAAGACUCAGACCUGCUCGCCUUCGGCUGCAAGAACGUGAUCUUGAAGAUGGACAAACAGGGGAAUGGUCUGGAGGUGUGUCAGAGUCGUUUGGGUCGCGUUCGGUCUCUGGGCGACGUGUUCACGGAGGAGAAGUUCAGACACAUGUGCAUCCUGUCGGGCUGCGACUACCUCCCCUCGCUCCACGGCAUCGGCCUCGGGAAAGCCUCCAGACUCCUCCGACUCGCCAGGGACCCCGACAUCCUCAAGGUCAUAAAGAAGAUGGGUCAGUACCUGAAGAUGGACCUGGUGGUUCCGGACUCGUACUUGGACGGUUUCGUUCGGGCCAAUAACACGUUUCUGUACCAGCUCGUGUUCGACCCGCGGACCCGACGAGUGGUGCCCCUGAACCCGUACCCCGAGAACGCCCCCCCGCACGACCUGAGCUACGCAGGACUACACAUGGGGGAUGAGGAGGGUCUGCAGUUGGCUCUGGGAAACCUGGACCUGAACACACUGGAGAAGAUCGACAACUACAACCCCGACGCACAACACACACAGUUGACAAAACCUCGCAGUCGCUCCUGGAACGACUCGCCCUGCCCCCUCCCCUCCUCCAGCCCCAGUAUCUGGAGCAGAGAGAGCUCCACAGCGCCCCCUACAGCCGCCUCUGCCCCCCCCUGUCCCCCCGCAGAGCCCCGAGCCUCCACCAGGGGGCAGCACAGGGUGGUGAGUGUGUCUGCGCUGAGGCUGCCGAGCGUGAAGAGGAACAGAGAAGAUUCUCCUCUGUCGGAUCAGGACGUGUUACUGCAGUAUUCAUCCUCCAACCUUCAGAAACGACACAGAUCCGAGCCUCUCCCCUCCCUCCGUCCUCCCUCUUCCUCCUCCUCCUCCUCCUCUUCCUCCUCGUCUUCCUCCAGACCUCAGGUUCCGCUCAGACCCAGAAACAGAUUUGCGACGUUACUGCAGAGGAGGAACGAGGAGUCGGGGGAGGACGGGACGGCCACGUGCAGCAGGUUUUUCAACAGUUCUGCUCCAGCGUCUGUCAAACCAGUGACCCCAGAACCUCCAGUCCAGAGUCUGUCCUCCUGUGAAGACUCUGAAGCUCCUGAAGCUCCAUCUGUGGACACCCCCAGCCCCUCUCCCCCCGCGUCACCUCCAAAUACCACUGAUACUACAAAUACUGAUACUGCAGAUACUGAUACUGAUACUCCUGCUGGGGCCGCGUGCUCGCCGUCGUCCAGCAGGGGGCUCCAGCUGUUCCACUGGCCCGGCGCGUCCACGGAGCCGACGCCCCGUGGACUCUCCUCACUCAAGAGGUUCAGAUUUAAGAAGGAAAACUCCACAAAACCCCAGAGUCCAGCUCCGCUCAGAGGUGGAGAAGAACCAGAGGAGGUGUCAGACUCUCCUCCAUCUCAGGACAGCGCCUACUUCUCCCAGUCACAGCCCGACUCCUCGUCCUCGUCUCUCCUCGUCCUCCUCCUCGUCCUCCUCCUCGUCCUCGUCUCUGUCCUCCUCGUCCUCCUCUUGUCUUGUUCUGGUCUGGGCUCCGGUGUCUCUGGUUUGGACCAAAACCGAGAAGAACAAGAAGAACUCAGUCCAACAGAGAGAGAACGCACAACGCACAUGUAUAAGGCGCCGGGUUUAUCUCGUCCAAACUCCAGUCACUCACUCAAACCCACGGCUCUGGGUCCGGCUCGGGUCAGCGGCCUCAAGAGGAAGUCCAGUUUAAACAAACCUGGAUCAUCUAAACCCGGAUCAUCCAAACCCGGUGUGAACAAUGAGAACAGCCCCGGGGUCCAGGCCACCAUCAGCGGACUGUGGAAGAACUUCGGAUUCACAAAAGAUUCUCCAAAGAUUUCACACAAAGAGCCUCUGUCUCCGGUCAAAGACAACGUGAUGUGACGAGUCCCCACAGCGAGUCCCCACAGCGAGUCCCCACAGCGAGUCCCCACAGCGCCCCUCCCCACAGCGAGUCCCCACAGUCCCCACAGCGAGUCCCCACAGCGAGUCCCCACAGCGAGUCCCCACAGUGAGUCCCCACAGCGAGUCCCCACAGCGAGUCCCCACAGCGAGUCCUCACAGCGCCCCCCCUCACAGUGCCCCCUGUCUGUCAGUGACUUUAUUUCACCAAACUGUGUUUG